GGGGGGGAGCUGCUUAGGCUCAGUCGCCAGCGAGAGGGGCUGUGGUGCAGAGCUGCUCGCUCUCGCGCUCGGCCUCUUCCCUUUUUCCCUCGUCGCCCUGCUGGCGCGGGAAGAACCUGUGGUGGCGUAGCUGAUACAGACUGGGAUCUGAUGCUGCCGGUGGUCUCGGGCUGAGUGGGACGCUGAUUAAUACCAGUGGCGGAGGUGCUGUUCCUCUCACAGACGCCAGCCCAGUCGUAACUGGACCAAGACCAGCAAGGUGACUCAUGGAAGGGGACGUGCAACAAUUUACUUCCUCCGUCCACGACGCCAGUGUCCUUGCUGGGCUCAAAGCACUGUAUGAGGGGGGAUUGCUUCUUGAUGUCACCCUAGUUAUUGACGACCAGCAGUUCCGGGCCCAUAAAGCACUCCUUGCCACCCAGAGUGACUACUUCAAGAAAAUGUUCACAGCCGAGAGCGGGGAGGGAGCUCAGGACAACAUUCCUUUGCAGGGUCUGACGGCUACAGCCUUCAGCCAUAUCCUAAAAUUCAUGUAUUAUGGAUCCAUAGAACUGAGUAUGAAUACAGUUUAUGAAAUCCUGCAGGCUGCCAUCAAUACUAAACUUAAAGAAGUGGUGAAUUUCUGCUGCUCUUUUCUCCUAUCCAGAAUCUCCUUAGAAAAUUCUGGAGAAAUUUUGAAAUUCUUAGAUGAUUUUGGUAUAACCAUGGAGGGAGCCAGAGAGAAGUUGUUUUCAUGAACUUUCAUGCACUUUCAACCAUUUCGGAUAACUUAAAAAACUCUCUUUUCCUAGAAGAUUUUUAAAAACUUUUAUGUCCUGUGUCUCACCUGUGAUUUACUUUCCUCCCACAGGAUAGAAAAAUUGUUUUGACAUUACUCAAAUUAAAUUGACAUCUAGUCAUA